AUGGCGUUUCCUGUACCAUCGCACCUGCCGCGGGCAGCGCCGCCGCCCGACAUCUCCACGCGGAUCCUGACCAAAGUUGGAGAAGCAACAUCCAAGUCGUUGUCUGCGGCGCUAGCCGAAUCAUGGCUGUCUGAACUCGACGAUGCGAUUGGGGAGACAAAGGCAGGCAUUCACACACGCAUAGCCGCCGAUCUACCGGCUUUCAAUACCCAGCUGGCUGCCAGCCGUUCAGUACAAGCGCGACUGUCGACGCUGGUCGAAGGAGUGGCGACCCUCUCAGAAGAUGUAUCGCAUCCAGAUACUGGCCUUGUUCCUUCAGUGCUUCGUGCAUUAGCGGCACACGCGUCGCUUGCCCAACAAGCUCAUGAUGCCUCUAUGCUCUCCAACUCAUUGUCGUACCUGACAAGAUUACGAAGAGACUUCGAGACACUAGAUGGUCUUGCGAAGGAGGGACAACUGGCUCAGGCUGUGGAGGCUGCGCGCGAACUGGAGAGCUUGCUUGAAGCUUCGCCUGCUGCACUAAUGCAAAGCGACGCGCUUGCAUUGUUCCGCAACGACUUCCGAGCAGUGAAGGAUCGAGUCGAGGAACAGCUCAGCCAUACGUAUCUGCAGGCCGUGGUCAUAUCCCAACAGCGCGUGUCCAUUCAGCCGUCUGUGCCCGUCCCCGGCACUUCCGCUACUAUCGCAUUGCCGGACAUAUUUGCCUCUUUUACGCCCUCAUCACUGGAGCGCUUACUCGGUUCACUCAAACGCGACAUAUCGACACACACGAUCGAAUUCCUUCUCGCGCAGCCUGCCACCCUCCGAGUGUCCUCUUCCGUGUUGGACAUCACGCCAGCCCCUCCCUCCGCGUACACCGAUCAUGCCUCGCGGUUAUCCAACCUGUCAGAGGCUCUGAACUUCCUCUCAACUCAUUUGCUUCCCGCUCUUCCCGCGGCCUUCGCGCAUUCAUUGGCGAAACCGCUUACCCAGGCGCUCUUUAACGGCUUCCUCCAGCCGUUACUUCCGUCCUCAGUCAUGGGGCUGAAGGCAUAUGAGGCGCUCACUCGUGCGGCGGUUACGCUGGAGGAUAACUUCAUACUUGGUGUGCUGGGACAAGACGGACGCAACCGUGAGGUACGCGCGUGGGUGGAAAGAGUGCCGGCCCAUGCCGAGAGGAGGGCUGUAGCAGAGGCACUUGAGAAAGCGCGUUCAAUCGUACUCGGCGAUGCCGGCCCAUUGGAACCUUUUGAGCUGGAAAUAUCGAAUCCAGUUUCACCGAAUCCCGAGCAAGCCGCUCAACCCGCGUCUUCAUCGCCACCACCUCCGGCCGCCGCAGCAAAGAAGGAUGACUGGGGUCUUGACGAUGACGCUGAAGGAGGAGACGGAUGGGGUUUGGACGAGGAUGAAGAGGAAGCCGCAGAACCCGAGCCUGUGCCUCAGUCUGUUACGCCCUCGCCACCUCAACCGUCGGAACCACCCAUUGAGAUUGAAGAGGACACGGAUGCGUGGGGGUGGGAGGAUGACGAGGCCGAGCCAUCUUCUCAGCCGAGUACAGAUCCCGCGCCUCAGUCCACUGCCCCAGAACCCGAGCCUCAGCCUCAUGCCGUCCCAGAACCUGAGCCGGAUGCAUGGGACGUCGAAGAGGAUGAUGAUCCUUGGGGCGAGUCUUCGUCCGAGCUUCCUGCGUCGGUGAUACCGGCACCCGAGCCCGCCCCUGCCCCGAGGCCAGCCGUACCACCUAAACGUGCCACACGACUGGAAAAGCUCGCGAACAAGGGCAAGACGAAGGCAACUCAUGCUUCACAUUCGAGUACGGAAUCCUCGCCGGCGCAUGCGCCACCACCGACACCAGCGUCACCCUCCUUCACUCGCCCACCGAAGAUCACAGUAUCAACGAAGCCACCGCCGCAAGUUCAACCUCUACAACCAAAGAAAGCCAAUGGUGCCUCUCGUAAUGGCGUGUCACACCAUCACUCACCUGCGCCGUCACAACGUGUGCUUCAGAAGGAACGCUUUUCAACGACCGCCCGAGCAAGAGCGCUUGUCGACACGGCAUCCGCUUCCUUGCGCGCUGCUUCGGAGUUUAGUCGCUUAGGGCCCGAUGCCGGCGAGCAGCUUCGGCGUGCUGCCGGUGGUGUGUUGGAUGUGUUCCGCGCACUCGCCCCUGUGCUCGAGUCCAAUAGUCGGACAAAGGGCGCCCGGGAUGAGGGCAUGUUUCGGUCGAAUGAUUGCGUGUAUCUUGCUGUAUGGGCGCGAUCGCGAAAUAUGGCCGAUCUUGCUGAUGCGCUGGAGGGGCUAGGAACCGUUUGGUUUGACAAUGCUAUCGACGCCGAGGAACAGAAGAUACUUGACGUCCUGGGGGAGGCCGAAGGCUUCAUCGAUACACACGAUCAAGAGACAUUCGACGCAUGCGAGGGCAUCGUAGCCAGUGUAUUGAGUAUGAUCCGUGACGCCGGAAGACGAUGGAAGAACUUGCUCACAAAACGGCGUUAUUUCUCCGCCGCUGGCGCGUUGGCGGAUGCAGCACUAGUCCGUGUGCUCGAAGAUAUACUUGCGCUCCCUGAUAUCACCGAAGACGAGUCUCAUCGAUUAAGCGAGCUCUGUCGCGUACUGAAUGCACUGGAGGGUCUGUUCAUCGACGUGGACGACCCAGAGCAGCCCAGUCACGUUGUUGCCCAUGUCCCGUCGUGGCUCAAGUUCUCUUAUCUCUCUGAGCUUCUGGAAGCCUCCCUGGCCGACGUUGAUUACCUCUUCAACGAAGGUGCAUUGGUGGACUUUGAGCGAGACGAGCUUGUGCGACUGGUUCGCGCCUUAUUUGCCGAAUCUCCCGCGCGAGAGACGCUUGUGGCGAGGAUACAAAACGCUCAGGAGCAUGAUGACGGCUCAUAG